AUGCUGGUGGUGGUGGUGGAGCCGCAAAGCCACCAUGGCUCUGUGCUUAAGAAGAUGCAUGUAAAAUGGAACAUGUGUUACUCAUAUUCCUUGCAAAAUCCCACAGGUUGCCCCGUUCAAACGGGGAUUUGUCGGCUGGGUGAGGACAAGUUGAAAAUUGAACCCUGGCCGGAUCGCAAUCUAUCCAUGCAUGGUGCACUUUGCAGGACCAUCGAUUCCGAUCCACUAGCUGAGGAAAACCUAUGA